AUGUCUUCCGCGAUCAAAAGGAAGAGGGACGACUUUGAAGAUUCGGACGAGGAGGAGCCUUCCUUUGGACGACAGAUCCUGCCCGUGGCGAACCUGCCGGACAACUAUAACGGCCCUAUAAACGAUGGAGCGCAGUAUCUCUUUACCGUUAGACGGGAUGCUCGUAGAUUACCGCACGUGGUGCGGGUUCCCAAUCCGUAUGAAGUACCAGACGUGCCUCAACCAUUAAAACCCGAUACGCCUCACCCGUCAGCCCCUUCACAAGCUUGGCGACUUACCUUCGAAAGGCGAUUCAGGAACUUCCGUAAGAACACCAUCCAACCCACAAUUCACGUACGCAUCCCGGAGAAGAAACCCAAGCAGAAGCUCAUGCCUGACAAGAACGAGCGCGAUCUGUGGUGGGAGUUCAUCGCAGGUAAACCUGAGGCGGUGUGGAACCCACCGAAGAAGGUCAAACAGCCUAAAGGCAAGGGUAAGAAGGGGAAAGGCAUGCGUGCGUUCUCGGAAGAUAUUCUGGACUAUGAUGAUAGCAGAGAAGAUUCUGCCUCGCUCGACGUCACUGGUCAAAGCGUAGGCGAUGGCGGCAGCGUGGUCUUGACAUACGACGAUCCCGACGCGUCUAUGUCCUCAGAGCAUGGAGUGACUUCGGGGUCUCUUCCUACGCCUCGAGCAACGCCUGCACGCCCUGGGGAGGGUGACGUAGGGAGCUCUGCACUAUCUACAGAGGUCUUUACCCCGCGGGAGCCUACUCCAGCUUUACUGAGUCGCGUCGACCAUCGCCUCGCAAUCCAUCUCUUGAUGUAUCUCACGAAUUGGGUUAACCACCACCUUCGGCACCCAGAACACAUGUCCAAUCGUAUCUUGGAAGUCCAUGCGCGGUGGAUGUUCGCGCUCUUAUCUCGGGUAGACGACUACGUUGGUGCGGACGACAUGAGCCUUCUGCGAAACCUGGCCCGAGCGUGCAUCGGUCUACUGAAAGAGCGGAUGUGGAAGAAGACCUUCCUGGCGCAAGCCGGCGUCGCGGAGCAAGAACAAGGGGAAAUACACGAAGCCGUGCCGGAUGUCCAUGUCAUGAGCGAGCGCUCCUGCUGGAUGGUCAUUGCGGCAAUCGUGGACGUCUGGGCACAGAAAGAUCUUUGGCAGGACGCGGAGACGAUGUUGCGUGAGCACCAGAGUCAAGCACUAUGAAACCCUCAGCGGGAUCUUGUGGUGACUGCGUGUUGCGCGUCAUUGGGCCGCCUCUCUUUGUGUUAGCUGGUGGAAUUUCACUCCGUCUACCUUUCGAGCCGAAAACGGCGUCGACGGUCUGGCCUUCCUCACCCACCUUGGUGGUCCC